UUAUCGUUGUCAUCUUUGACCUUGUUGACACUUUUAACGACAAGGUCGUCCAUUUGCAUGGUUAUGACCAUCUUCUUUUCACUGGCAUCAAGUUUUGUCUGUAUAACACUUUAUCAUCAUCUCGUCUUGGAAGCACAAGCCAAGGAGAAUUCACACCAUCCUCCCCCACAACGAUAGUCUUUUGUCUCAACGACCUCGUCUAUCCUACACUGUCCGACUCCGCUCAGGUGCAAACACGAUAACAGGAAAAAAAGUACCGAAGACUCGAUACGACUUGGACAAUAGAUCUUGAAACCGAUUUGGUACAGCCUCCUGCGCCAUGUCCAAUCGACUUGACCGUCACUCCCGUCACAAUAUCUCGACUGCCCGGCACAAUGCCUGGGGUGAGAUAUCAGGCUCGCUCGGCGAUCUGGGAACAUUUCUUCCUAUUGUUAUUGCUCUCGCCGAGGGCCAUCAGAUAUCCUUGACCUCCACCUUGAUAUUUACUGGAAUCUUCAAUAUCAUCACCGGCGUGGUCUUUGGCAUUCCUCUGCCAGUGCAGCCGAUGAAGGCCAUUGCAGCCGUCGCCAUAUUGAAAUCCCUGUCCGCCAGGGAGACUGCUGCCGCGGGACUGUUUGUUGCCAUCUGCAUUUUGAUCUUUAGUGUCAGCGGACUUUUGGCUUGGUUUACCCGAGUCAUUCCCAUCCCAGUCGUUAAAGGGAUUCAGGUUGGGGCAGGAUUGAGCUUGAUCAUCGCCGCCGGGUCUAAGGUGCUCGCUUCGUUAUCCUGGACAAGGCCAUCGUGGGCAGACAACAACAUUUGGUUGAUCGCUGCCUUUAUUAUUCUUUUCGCCAUCAAUGCCCGCCCUCGCAUUCCCUACGCCCUCAUUCUGGUUCUGGUCGGUCUCGUUCUUGCCCUGAUCCAAGUUGCCACCAGCCACCACCACCAUCUCCCAGGAUUACAUGUUUGGCAUCCUUCAGCUCAUGUCCCAUCUCUGAGGGACUGGAAGACUGGAAUUCUCGACGCCGGAAUCGGCCAACUCCCAUUGACGACGCUCAACUCGAUCAUUGCCGUGACUCAUCUGGCCGCUGACCUACUUCCAAAUGUUGAGACACCAUCUGUCACGGCGAUAGGAAUUAGUGUUGCAGCGAUGAACCUUAUCGGCUGCUGGUUUGGAGCAAUGCCAGCAUGUCACGGCUCUGGUGGUCUAGCGGCCCAAUAUCGGUUUGGAGCUAGGUCUGGAGCCAGCGUGAUUUUUCUUGGUACCAUCAAAUUGGUCUUGGGACUCUUGUUCGGUGAGAGUCUGACGGACCUCUUUCACCAAUUCCCCCUCGGCCUUCUUUCGGUCAUGAUUAUCGCCGCUGGCCUAGAGCUGGCCAGCGUAGGUGAAAGCCUCAACACCGAACGCGCUCACGAUCUACACAAGGACGGUAUUCUAGGCCGGCAGCGCGUUGAGCUAUCAACCGAGGAAAGCAAACAAAGGUGGACUAUCAUGCUUGUUACGGCAGGGCUGCUGAUUGGGUUCAAGAAUGAUGCUAUUGGUUUUUUGGGUGGCAUGUGCUGUCACUGGAGCUAUUCCCUUCCUCAUCAUGCCUCGCGUCUCACUCGUCGAGGGGCGCGACCAGCUGGCCAUGGUUCUGACGAGCGUAGCGCUCUUCUUCCACACUGAGUGAUAGGUUUCAAUGCUAUGCUUGGUGCGAGUUCCGUCAAUUCAAUUACCACGGUACAGGGCCGUCUUUACUCGAAAACGUGCCAGUCACGCCAUUUGGCCCUUCCUGAACCAACUCAACUACCCUGACCGCUCCAAACUUGGGAUCCGUCUCGUCCCCUGAGACAUCAUUCUUGUGCAAGGCGGUAGCCCGGAGACCAGGACAGACGGCAUUGACUCUCCAUCUGGGAAACGUCUUUGCAUACCAGGCCGUCAAUCCACCGACCGCAGUCUUACUCGAUGUAUACCACAAUCCUUCCCAGGGCUUGGAGGAGCUCUCCAGUGUCUUCUGCACACUGCCGAGUGAGGAUGACAGAAAGAUGACCUUUGGCUUUUGAGACUUUUCCAAUAAUGGAGUCAAAGAAUGUGUCAAGACAGCCUGUGAAGUCACAUUGACUGACAAGGUGUGGUCAAACAGUUGACGUAGCGUAGAACCCUUUGGGAGAUGAUUACCUGCAGUACCUGCA